AUGAAACUUAUAGUAUGUAACGAACUUCAAAGUAUAGAUACAACAAAGGUUUUGAACUCAGAUGCUUUGAAGAGUCUUAUAACAGACAAAGUUGGAGUUGUUGAAAGAAAAUAUAAAGACCAAAGAGUUUGUGAAAAUGUUGCAAAUUUCAUUAUGGUUUCAAACAACGCUGUUCCGAUGAAGUUAGAAAGUUCUGACAGAAGAUAUGUAGUUGUCAGAACGUCAGAUUCUCAUAUGCAAGAUACAGAAUAUUUUGACGACUUAGCAGAAACUUUGACAUCUGACUUUUACAACCACUUGUUCUCAUAUUUCAUGACAUUAGAUAUUUCUAAGUUCAAUCCAAGACAAAUUCCACAUACCGAAGAGAGACAAACAUUGUUAGAAGCAAACAAGAGUGUAUAUGAACUGUUCAUAGAUGAAACUGACUUUGAGUGUUUAGAUGAAAGGUCAUUGUACGAUUCGUAUAAACAAUAUUGUCAAGAGUAUGGUUAUAUGACAGCGUCUAAACGAACAUUCUUGGCAAAUGUCAAAAGUCUUUUAGACGUACAGAAUGGUGUAUAUACAAAGAAAAAUUUUUAUGAGUAA